GACAAAUGCGCAACGCUGUUGUUAUCAUGCGGUUAAAGGUCUACUAUUACAGUUCUCGACGAUGGCUACUGCAAUUCCGAAAAUAUCGCGACUGUCAUCAAGAAUUCUUCGAAUACUAGGAUGUAACCCCGGACCUAUGACACUGCAAGGGACAAAUACGUAUUUAAUCGGAACCGGCAAAAGGCGCAUUUUGUUAGACACUGGAGAUCCUAAUAUUCCAGAGUAUAUUGAAAAUUUGAAGUCAGUAUUAAACGAUGAGAAUGCACAUCUUGAACACAUUAUAAUUACACAUUGGCAUCAUGACCACAUUGGUGGAGUUGGUGAUGUAAUUAAGAACGUUAAAACUGACUGUAGAAUUUGGAAGCACAAAAGGUUGGAUGAACCUGAUGAUGCGUUGCCUAAUGACAUACCAAUAAAUUUCCUUAAAAAUGGAGAUGAGAUAUCAACCGAAGGUGCUACACUAAGGAUUAUGCACACUCCAGGUCAUACUACAGAUCAUAUUACAUUGGUACUGAAAGAAGAAAAUGCAUUAUUCAGUGGAGACUGUAUUCUGGGCGAAGGGACAGCAGUAUUCGAAGAUCUGUACGAUUACAUGGCUUCCCUUCAUUUGAUACUAAAAGAGAAGCCCAGUCUGAUCUAUCCUGGACAUGGGCCAGUAGUGGAUGAUCCUCUCACAAAAAUUGAAUUCUACAUAAAUCACAGAACUAAGAGAGAAAAUGAGAUUCUGGAAGUCAUGAGGAAUAAUACCACAAAAAAGUUCAGUGAAAUGGAUUUGGUAAAAAUUAUAUAUGUGGAAACACCUGAACACCUGCAUCCUGCAGCAGCUGUAAAUGUUGGUCACCACCUUCAGAAGUUGUUAAAAGAAGGGAAAGUUACAAAACAUGAAUCACUGUGGCAGUCUGCUGAAGUGAAAUCAUGCCUGUAAUUGCAAUGCUGGAAUUUUGCUUUCAGUACAAUAAUGGAAUAAUAAACAGAAACGAGGGAAGAAAACUGCUGUUAACUUGUAAUGCUGACACACACACACACACACACACACACACACACACACACACACACACACAGUUUUGUGUGUGUGUGUGUGUGUGUGUGUGUGUGUGUGUGUGUGUGUGUGUGUGUGUGUGUGUGCGUGCGCAGAACCAGUUUGGAAGUCAUUUCGAAACAGUGUCUUAAGACAUGGGAUGAAGUAACUAACUAACAUUUCUAUGAGCAGCUAUUUUAACAUUAAAAGCAAGAAUAUUGAAAUUAGAAGUAUUUAGACAGAGUGCUACAGAUUUCAGUUAAAUCCUGUAGUGAUGUAGGUAUUAAAAUAUUCCCAGCUACAAACUGAAAUAAGCAGAAUGUUCUAGAAAUAAGUUAAUAUUUAGCUUAUCGGUGACAAAAUGGCACUGUUAACAAGACACAUGCAUGUAAUAAUGGACAUUAACCUACUGUAGCUAUUUGAUUCUUUGAAUAUGGUGGAGGAUAUGUUGUGGUGCUAAUAUACAGUAUUUAAUGGCGGCAUGUGAGAGGGAUGUCCUUGGCAAACAUUCACAUGAUUGGUAGAAGCCAUUGUAUGAUUAAGAGUAUUGUCAGUCUGAAUUCAGAUGAAUUACCGUACUGUACCGUACAUGAAACUACACAAUUUGAGAUGGCAGAUAUAAUUUUGAUGCAUAAUUUGUGGAUUUUUUUUUAAAUGGACAAUUUAGUUAUUGCAAUAAAGCAGUUUAUGAGAUUGUAUAAAUGCUUUGCAACAAUCAUUCCUUCUUAUACUUCUAUUGCUCAUACUAUAAAUGGAUGCUUUAUAGUGCAAUAAAUACUAUUACAUGUUCUUAUUUGUAAUUGAUCGGAAGUGGAGUAAAAUUUAAAUUCAAAAAUAACAUG